GUGGCUCAAGCUCGUUCCCGCCGUCCCUUCCCCCUACUGAAUGCCCGCGCGCCGCGCGCACCCGACAACGGUUUAUUGUAUCGGAUAGAAGAGGCGACGGAGCUCCGUUGGAAAACAAAAAACUACGGCUUGCCACCCAAACACCAAGAAUGGCAGCAAUUCGCAAGAAGCUGGUGAUUGUAGGAGAUGGAGCUUGUGGUAAAACCUGUUUGCUUAUCGUGUUCAGUAAAGACCAGUUUCCAGAAGUCUACGUUCCCACCGUGUUUGAGAACUAUGUUGCAGACAUCGAGGUUGACAGCAAAACGGUGGAACUUGCUCUGUGGGAUACUGCAGGACAGGAGGACUAUGAUAGGCUCCGUCCACUUUCGUACCCAGACACUGACGUAAUCCUUAUGUGCUUCUCUAUUGACAGUCCUGACAGUUUAGAGAAUAUUCCAGAGAAGUGGACACCGGAGGUUAAACACUUUUGCCCGAAUGUUCCCAUCAUACUUGUGGGCAACAAAAAGGACCUGCGGAAUGAUGAACACACACGCAGGGAGCUGAUGAAGAUGAAGCAGGAGCCUGUUAAGGCAGAAGAAGGGAGAGACAUGGCCAAUCGGAUUGGAGCAUUUGGCUACAUGGAGUGCUCAGCCAAAACAAAAGAUGGAGUCCGGGAAGUGUUUGAAAUGGCCACUAGAGCGGCGCUCCAAGCACGCAAAGGCAAAAAGAGCAACAAAUGUCUUCUGCUGUGAAGACUCUGCAUUGGACUUUAUAUGUACUGGGCCUCCAAAUGAGUGUGUGUGAGGGGCGCACUCCUGUUUACUCAGUCACACAUCCCCCUCACAUUCGCCAAAUGCUUCGGGAAAGACAUCCCAGGAAAAAAAGCUUUGUUCUUGUCUGUUUUUCCUUUUGUUCUUAUAUUUUUAGCCACAGAGAUGUUUAUCAGUAUUUAAAAAAAACAUUGAGACGUGGGACUUUUUUUAAUGCUUUACCUGAAUAUGUGGUAUCCUUCAAGCUUGCCCAUCUGCCAAAUGCUGUCAUGUGACCCUGCGGCUGAUUGGAAAGGAGUGACCUGUGAGCUGCCAAUCAAUAUCUGAGCCCGUCCCUCAUAUGCUGGGCUUUUUUUGCAACAUGAAACAGGGCUGACUUGUUGUUUCUGUAUGUAUAAAUCAUUUUAAGGUUUUCUUUAGAUUGGGAAUUCAGAACAAAAGUGCAAAAUGGUUGCUUUAAAGCAAAAAAAGGGCACGGGGUGGGGGGUUGACAUGUAAACAUAACUGUACAUAUGAAUGUGUGUAUUUAUAUGUACACACAAUCAGGACUGGAAAUUGUAUUUGUAAACUAGACUUGGUUAACUUGUGUAAUAAAAUAUGUUCUAUACAGAGCAA